UAGCUGGUAGAUGCCUACGAUUUUUAUACGUUGUGCAAACGAUGAUCGGUGGUCGAGUGCCGGCUUAAACGAUGCCACCGAGUGCGACGCGCAGCAACGACGAUAUUUAAUAAAAUAUAAAAUGUACACUACUGUAGUUAAUAUAAUAUGAUGGCUCAUAAAAAAAUGACUCGCACCAGUUUAUCAGUAGGUAUUUACAUUAUUAUCACCUCGUCGUUUCCCGACGACAGCUCUUGUUUGGUUUCUACACAGUCGUCUGCGGUACAGCAAUGAUUUUAGUCGAUGACAUCUGCAAUAUCUCGACGGUUGACGGCAAAUCGUUUAAUGAUCACGAACAAGCGUUUUGAACAAAGUACAAGAGCUUCAUCAUGACGGACGAGUUUAUCAGGAAAGGAUUGACCACCUCUGUGGCCCAAAUAUGUUCAAACAUUGGUUGGCAUUCUAUGUCGAAUUCGACUUUACAAAUGAUGACAGAUAUCCUGUACGAGUAUUUCAGAGAUCUAGCUCAGUCAGUCAAAAAAUUCUCCGAAAUUUCUGAUACAACAGAACCAGAUAUUGAUGAUGUAAAAAUGGCGUUUCGCGAUAAAGAUGUUGCUGUACCAGAUUUAAUUAGAUAUUUAAAACAAGUUGGGUCUAUAGAAUUUCCUCAUCAAGUGCCUAAGUUCCCCAUACCAACAAAAUCAAAUUUAAACAUCAUGAAACCAGGAAGCCGAGAAAUUGUGACCAGACCAGUUUAUGUUCAUGAACAUCUUCCUACAAUGUAUCCUGAACAAUCUGAUGAAAAACCAAUGCAAAAUGAUAGAAGUCAAACACCACACUCAAGCUCCUCACUAGGAAUUUUUAAUGAGCCAUUAAGUUUUCAAGAAUCUCAGGUCUCCAAAUAUGAUAGACCGUUGAAAGACAACCUGGUAGUUCAUAGACGACUUAGAGAGAUUUCUAGUGUGGUAAUGACAACAUCUGGAUUUCUUUCACCAUCUCGAGAAGGCAAAUUGCCAGAAUCUCGAUUAAUGCCAUUUCCUAAUUUUAAAGUUAAUUCAUCACAUGCAUCAUCUUCUUAUCCUACUGUUCCACCAGAAGUCAAAGGUGAACACAAUCAACAACGUAAUAAAAAAUUAUCACAAAAAACAUUGAACAGUUUUAAAGAAAAGGGAAAAAAUAUUGUUGACAGUAAUAAUAGUAAUAUUAUUAAUAAUAAUAAAAGUGAAGAUUCUAAAGUAAGAAAACUGACAAAUGUGAAAGAAACAUCAAAGCUUAAAGCAUUGAUGAAAACUGGAGCUAUCCGGGAGUCUAAUCAAGGACCUCGACUUAAAAAACCUCCAAAGAUCAAAGAUAAAUCAAAAUUAAGUGUACUAAAUACUAUAUUUGAUAAGCCUAUUCAAACAUCAACAUCACAUUCCAAGUACUCAAAAAACUUUUUAUGUGAUAGUGAAAAACUAACAACAGAACCCGACAAACAGAAAUUAAAUAUAUUUAAAAAAAUAUCAAAAGUCAAAGAAGACAAAAAUAAUGAUAGUUCUGUUCAUCAGAGUUCAAAAUUAAAUAGUUUGAUUAAUAUAUCUAAGCCAAAUUCUACUAUUGUUAGUUCAGAUAUUUUAGUUAAGCCUGAAGUAAAUUUAGAAACUGUUGAGGAAAAACAAUUUAAGCCAGGUUUCACUAAACCAACUGUUGAAACAAAAAAACCUGAUACUGUACAAAAACCAAUUAUAAAAGAAACCAAACCAGAAUUGAAUUCUAAUAUACCUAAAAAACGAAAAAAAAAACAGAAAAUACCUAGUGAUGAUAAUUCUAAAAACGCAGACCUCAAAACCAAAAACACUGGAAAUAAAAAAUCAAAAAAUAAACAUGAUUCUGACCUGUUUUCAUCCCCUUUGAAAUUUUCAUUUUUUGGUCAUUUACCAACAGUACCUGGUCUCUUGCCAACUGUGCCAAGUAUUUUACCACCAUCUCUUGCCUCAAAUCCAUUGGUUCCAAAAUAUACUGCUCCAAAUAGUGUUCUACCAAUACUAGAAAAACCAAGUACAGCUACUUCUAUGAUGUAUUUACCUUUACCGGGAGAGGACGAUUUUGACAAAUCUGAAUUUGAUGAACUUUCAUCCACUCUUACUCCAGAAAAAAAAAAAGUCUCUACAGAAAAGAUUAAACCCAAAAAAGAACAUAAAAAAAUCAAAAAAGAAAAGAUAAAAUCUAAAAAGAAAAAAGACAAAAAAGACAAAACUAAACAAAAAGAUCGAAGUGAAAGAAAGAAAGAAAAGUUAUUGAAAAAAUUAAAAAACAAAGAAAAAAUUGACUCUGAAGAAAUAAAACUGGAGCCUAAUAUCUCUGAGGAAAAAGAAUCAGAGCCUGUUGUGAAAGAAGAAGACCCAUUGGUUCCAAAAAUAAAACUUAAAAUACCAGGGUCAAAUGGAUCAAAUUCAUCUUCAUCAGUACAAAGGAAAAUAUUAAUCAAGCCUAUAGUUAAAAACAAAUCUCCCUCGGAAUGUAUUGAUGAAUCACACAAUUUAUCUAAAGAAAAAGAAAAAUCACCUGUGGAACGAGUAAAAUCUACUACAAAAUCUAAAGCACACUCUAAAGAAAAAAUAUCUACUACUACCUUACUGUCUACGCCAUUAGUACCUAACAAAGAAGAACAAAUUGAAAGUGUUACUGAACCUAUACCUAAACCAUCUAAAUCAAAAAAAAAUACUAUAGUUCCUCUUAGUGCUGAUGUGGAUACUGAUAUCUCUGCGACAACUUCCAUUAAUGCUUCUGUAUCUUCUGCUCUUAUAAAUUCUAUUGUAUCAAGUAAUAAACAUAAAGUUAAACUUGCCAAGAAAUCUAAAAAAAUAGCGCCUCAGCCACAUCCAGCUUUUUACUAUGAUGACGCUGGAAAUCAAGUUUGGAUAUGUCCAACUUGUGGAAAACAAGAUGAUGGCAGUCCAAUGGUUGGUUGUGAUGGAUGUGACGCGUGGUAUCAUUGGGUUUGUGUGGGAAUUCAGUGUCCACCAGAUUGUGCUGUAUGGUAUUGUCCUACUUGUUUGUUGAAACGAGCUGAACGAGGGGUGACUACACCUAUCGAAAAAGCUAAAAGAGGAAGACCACUAAAAAAGAAAUCAAUUUCGUAAGAGUUUAAACUUAGAUUGGUGGUUUUUUGUUUGACUACAAUCAAGGUUUAAUUCAUUAUUUGUUAUAAGACUUAUAAAAUUAGUGGGUUUAUUGAUUUUGAAAAUCAUACAUGAUUAUCUUGUUGGUUAUAGCAUAUUUUAAACAGUCUGUCUUUAAUUUGUUAAUACAAACAUAUAUCUCUUUCAUUUUUAUUUCAACUAUAGCAUUGAUUCAACACAAGGUACUUUACCAAAUAAUUCAAAUUUUCAGUAUCGGGUUAUUAUAAACUGUUAUAUUGGAAUAAAUUCAAAUUCAUUUUGAGUUGGACAUUUGUAUUCUAUUUUUCAUAAUUUAUACAAUAUUUAAAAAUUUUAUAAUUAACUAAAAUUUAGUUCAAUUUGUUAUAUAUUUUGUUUUUGUUCAAAAUAUUAUUAUUUAUAAAACUUGUUAUCAUUUCCAAUUAGAAAUUUUUUAUUCUUUAUACACUUUUAUGUAUGUUGUUAAUUAAUUUAAAUAUGCCAAUUUAUUUGGUUGAUUUUUAGAAUGCAGUGCAAAAUAUAUUAAACAUACAAUGUUGGAUACAUUAUAUAGAUUUUUGAAACAUCUACAAAUAAAUUCAAUACAAUUUUAAAAUAAAACCUCUACAACAUUUUACAGGUUUUAAUUGUCUAUGUGACAUUAUGAAAAACAUUGUUUAUUAGAUAUACCUAUUAUAAUACAACCAUGUUUUCUUAAUUUUCUUUGGGGAAUCUGGGAAUGGAAAACAUGUUUACUCACAGAGUAUACUGCCAAAACAAAUAUAUAUAUAUAUAGUUAUUUAUAAUAAAUAAAAAUAUAUAAUUUAUUAAUGUGACAAUUAAAAAUAUAUACUAAAAGAAAGAAAUUUUUUUUUAUAUAAUUUAUACUGUCUAUCUUAUUUUGAUUAUAUUUUAUGCCAGUUCAGUAUAUUAUAAAAAUGUAAAAUAAAAUUAUAAAUAUAAAAAAAUUGAAUUUAGUGUUAGUGAAUAUUUUUAAUUUAUAUCAUUCAUAGUAUAUAAUAUAGUACUUAUAGUUCAUUAAUUUAUUCUAUUCAUAGUACAUGUAAAAUUUACUAUUUACUAAAUAAUUAAUGCAUUAAAAAAAAAAAAUUAUAAACAAGUAGUAGGGAUGGAUUGAGUUUUUUUAUAUUAAUAUGCAAGUACAUUAUAAUCAAAUUUCAAUUUAUAUGCAUUUCAUGAAUGGGAAAGAUUAAUUAAUUAGGUGUAAAUAUUAAUAAAGUAUAAAAUUUAAAAUUUUUCACUGAAAUUCAUACUACAAAAAAAAAAUUAUUUAUAGAUGUUAUUUAAUGAUACAAUUUUAAUUCUUAUUGUAAAAUGCUUAAAAUAAUUUUAUUUUUUAUUCUUUUCUAAAAUUUGUUUUUAAAAAACUUGGUCAAUGUUUAAAAUAGUUGUAUUGCAUAGUUAUGUUAUUAUUUUAUAUUUUGGUAAAAUUACUGUAAUUUAGGUUUUUAUUAUUUACAUUAUUUAUUCUCCACUGACAAAAUUUAUAAACCACCAGUACAUUACUUAAGUUAUUUUUUGAUUUAUUAUUGAUUAUUUCAGGAGAACACUUUAAUUUAUAACCUAUGUUUAUUAUUAUUAUCAACAUUUGCUUUAAUGAAGUAUUAUUGUUUAGUUGAUCAUAUAUAAUAUAUAUAUAUUAUAUAUCAUAUCAUCAAAUAUGCUUGUACUGAAAUGAAAAAUUAUUAUCUUAAAUUUGGCCUUUCCAUAUAAACAUAACAAAAACAUUGAUCACAGUUUAUGGUAUUCUCAAAUAUUAGUGUGCUGAUGUAUCAGCAUAAUUCAUUUUAAAAUUAUUCGUUAAAAAAAUAUUGCUAUACCUUUGUGAUGAGAUUUUGUACACUUCAAUCAUUAGUCAAAAAUUAUUUUAUUCUUCAUAAUUUUACAAUACUGUAAAAAUUUCUUUCUUUCUGAUCCAUAAAAACCUUUUUUGCAUACACUGUAGUUUAUGAUGUACAUGAUAAACAUAUACUUGUUAUUAUUUUACUAUACUUAUCUUAUUUGUUGUAGUUUUUUAUUUACUACAUGAAUAUUAAGGAAAAAAACAUAUUGCCAAUUUUGUUAUUAUGGCUUAGUUUAAAUAUUGUUAUUAGACCUAAGUAUUUAUAAUAAUUGAAAAAGUGACCACACUUAAUCAGUUAAUUUACCUUUAGAUUAUUGUAGUUUAUAGUAGUAGUUGGUUAAUGUUAACUUUUUAGUGUUGUGUUUAUUAGAUUGAUAUAUUUCGAAAAAAAAAAUUUAAUAUUUUCAGGACCAAUUUACUAAUUAAUAGCUAUUUAUAAUUUAUAAUAAAUUAUUUAUUCCAAAAGUUUAGCUGUUGUAUAAGACUAGAGGACUCCUUAAGCAUACAUAAUUUAUAUGUAUAAUCUAUAAAUUUGGAUAUAGUAUAUGCGUUAACUUUUAUCAAUUUUGGGUCUGGUUAAUUUUGUAACAGUCUUAGAACAUUGAACUCCUGGUUGUGUCUACAAUUUAGUUGAGUAUGCUCAUGUAUAGCUACAUAUUGCCGUUACCUAACUUAUGUUUCCCAAUUUUAUAUUUUUAUUCUAUUACAUCUAACAAGUACGCUAUGUAUUUUUUUUUUUACUUAGAUGUUUGCAUUAUUAGUCUUUUUGUGUUAUGUACUAUGUAUAUAAUAUAUAUAAGCAUAUUCCAUAUUAUCUAAAUAAUUAUUUAAUUAAUGUAGAGUACUCAGAGUGCUGUAAAAUACAUUUUGUGAUAAUUAUAUCUCGCCGCCCUCCUAAUUGUGUCACCCUCGAAGGCAGUACUUAAUCACUAAUCAUCUCAUAAUAUGAUGACCUUUGUGGUGACAGCUCUGGUGUACAACUAUACUCACUUGCACUAUUAAUGUUUUUUUUAUUUAUUUAUUUAUUAUUAUUAUUGUAUUUAUAGUCUAUUAUUAAUAUGAAAUAUUAUCUAUAUCUAUCUAUAAUAUACUUGUUGUGUGGAUAAUAUUUUUUUCUUUAUUUAUAGUUACAAUGGUUACACAUAUUGUUUUAUGGAAUUUUAGUGUUUAUUACUAUGCAUUAUUUAUACUUUAUGUUAAUGUGUUACUGUAAAUAUUUACUGUCGGUCAUUAGCAAUUUGUUAAUUAUUUUCACAUUAUUACUAUAUAUUGAAUAAUAUGAGAAUCAUUGAAUUCACAGUAUAAUAUGUUUAUGAUGUUCAAUUUUUUUUUUUAGCAAUAAUUCAUUACAUAUAAUUUAUAAUAAUCAUUAUUAUUAUUAGCAUAGGUAUUUAUAUUAUUGUUAUGAUAUGUAUUAAAGAAAUGUAACUAUUGUGUCAUUGAAUGUCGACAAUCAUUAUUACUACUAUGUCCAAUAGACUAAUUGUAUAUUUUUAAAUGUUGUGAUGUUCACUGAUUAUUUUAAUGUAAUUUCACCAUUUGUCGGAGAAUGCUAUCACCAACAGUACAUAUUUACAGUAACAUAUUUAUAUAAUAUAUAUGAUUUAUUUCUAUUAUUAUUUAUUUAUUUAGAUUUAUACCAAUUUUGUUUUUAAUAUUUAGUUUUUAUUUAUAAUUGUUUUAAACCUAUAGAAUUUUUACUAACAAAAAGCGGAAAAAUAUUUAUUGUCAUACUUUAUUAAAAAUCAACCAUAUAUUAUAUACGUAGUGGUAUAAUAUCAACUCUGUACUCUGUCUCAAUAUAUUAAUUCUAAUGUUUUAUUAUAA